GAGAGGACACACAGAAUUGACAAAAAUCACGCAUGGGAGAGGAGAGGGGAGGGGUCGGGAAGAAAGCUGAAAAAGAGGAGCACCACUCGUGGGGUUAAAACCCCGAGAACAAACUUGGGAAGAGUAGCGAGCAGCCGGAGGGAGGAAGCAGCGGGAGCGAAGCAAGCAAGCUGAGCGAAAGCAUACCGGAGCAGGAAGCGGGAGCACGCACGCACGCACGCGCUUCUCCUCCCUGCUGCCGCAACUGUUCGAGCUCCCAUCCCAGCCGCACGCGCGCGAGAAGGAAGCGAGGAGAGGAGGGAGAGGAGCGGCGGCGAGCGAGCGAGCAUGCUCCCCGGCGGCGGCGGGCGGAUCUGCCGUAGAGCGGCGCGGGGAGCUCGGCGCUAGCGGUCUCCACCAAGCGGGUGCGGGAUCUGACGCCGCGGCGGCUCCUCGGAUCGAGCCAGCGGCGGCGGCGGCGGCGGAGGCCUCCGGCUCUCGGCUCCGGGGACACCGAGAUACAAGGAAGGGAAAGAUUGCGCUUGCGCUUGCGCUUGGCUUCGCUUCGGCGGCGGCGGCCAUCUUCGGGAGCCGCAAUCGCGGCACGCGGUGAAAAAAAGAAAAAGAAAAGAAAAGUUGCUCGUGGUGAAACUGGGAAAGUGAUGGUUUCCUUCGGGAAGGCGCUGUGAUUUGGCCUGAAAAGGAGGAAUCUUUCCUUCGCCUCCCCCUUCCCUUCCCCCGCUCUUAUACCGCCCUCAGAUCGCGGGGCGAGCAGUGUGAUUGGUCCCUCCGCAACGGGGAAGGAAAAUGAGGCUCUCGUCGUCGUCCGGCAGCGUCCUCCCGGCUCAGGCGGGCUCGCCGGAAGCUGUUGAGGAGCACAAGUGUCUGAACUCGGAGUUGUGGCAUGCCUGUGCCGGACCGCUUGUUUCCUUGCCGGCGGUGGGUAGCCGGGUGGUGUACUUCCCUCAGGGUCACAGCGAGCAGGUAGCAGCAUCGACAAACAAGGAAAUGGAGUCUCAGAUCCCUAAUUAUCCUAAUCUGCCUCCACAGCUUAUUUGCCAACUGCAUAAUGUGACGAUGCAUGCUGAUGCAGAGACAGAUGAGGUCUAUGCGCAGAUGACACUACAGCCACUCAACCCGCAAGAGCUGAAGGACCCGUAUUUACCUGCUGAAUUAGGUUCUGCAAAUAAACAGCCAACAAACUAUUUUUGCAAAACAUUGACAGCAAGCGACACAAGUACGCAUGGUGGAUUCUCUGUUCCCCGUCGAGCAGCUGAGAAAGUGUUUCCUCCACUGGAUUUCACUCAGCAACCUCCCUGCCAGGAGUUGAUUGCAAAAGAUCUUCAUGGCAAUGAGUGGAAAUUUCGUCACAUAUUUCGCGGUCAGCCAAAGCGGCAUCUUCUAACCACUGGCUGGAGUGUCUUUGUUAGUGCAAAGAGACUUGUCGCUGGAGACUCUGUCCUUUUUAUCUGGAAUGACAAUAACCAGCUUCUUCUGGGAAUUCGCCGGGCAAGUCGACCACAGACUGUCAUGCCAUCUUCAGUCUUAUCUAGUGAUAGUAUGCAUAUUGGUCUUCUUGCUGCAGCUGCUCAUGCUGCUUCAACAAAUAGCCGCUUUACAAUUUUCUAUAACCCAAGGGCAAGCCCUUCGGAGUUUGUCAUACCACUUGCAAAAUAUGUGAAGGCUGUGUAUCAUACCCGUAUAUCUGUGGGCAUGCGUUUUAGGAUGCUGUUUGAAACAGAAGAAUCUAGCGUUAGGAGAUACAUGGGGACGAUUACCGGAAUUAGUGAUCUUGAUUCUGUUCGGUGGCCAAAUUCACAUUGGCGUUCUGUUAAGGUUGGCUGGGAUGAAUCAACUGCUGGAGAGAGGCAGCCAAGGGUGUCACUAUGGGAAAUUGAGCCCCUGACUACUUUCCCAAUGUAUCCAUCUCCUUUUCCACUCAGGCUUAAGCGUCCAUGGCCAACAGGCUUGCCUUCUCUGCAUGGUGGUAAGGAUGAUGACCUGACUAACUCUCUCAUGUGGCUUCGAGAUACUGCGAACCCUGGUUUCCAGUCAUUAAAUUUCGGCGGACUUGGUGUGAAUCCUUGGAUGCAGCCAAGGCUGGAUGCUUCCUUACUUGGUCUGCAACCUGACAUGUACCAGGCGAUGGCCACAGCUGCUUUCCAGGAUCCAACGAAGCAAGUGUCACCCACGAUACUGCAGUUCCAGCAGCCGCAGAACAUAGCUGGUCGAGCUGCGCCGCUUCUGUCGAGCCAGAUUUUGCAGCAAGUGCAGCCUCAGUUUCAGCAGCAGCCAUACCUUCAAAACAUCUCUGAGAGCACAAUCCAUGGCCAGGGUCAGGCUGAGCUCCUCAAGCAGCAGAUUCAACGAAGCCAUUCAUUUAAUGAGCAGAAGCCCCAGCUGCAACCCCAGCAACAGCAGCAAGAAUCACAGCAGCAAUCACAGUGCCUGCAAGUCCCUCAACAUCAGCAAAUGCAACAACAGAACAACAUGACCAACUACCAGUCAGUGUCUAAUGCAUUGUCAGCAUUUUCUCAAUUGUCGUCAGCCCCUCAGUCUUCACCUGUGGCGCUGCAAACAAUACUACCAUUUUCACAGGCGCAGAGCUUUGCAGAAACGAAUAUGAGCUCAUUGUCUCCAUCUAAUGCCACUGCCAUGCAAAAUACGCUGAGGCCAUUCUCAGCAGAAGCAGCUUCUCAACUGAGCAUGCCAAGGCCUACUGCGGUACCUGUCGCUGACCCAUGGUCAUCGAAGCGAGUUGCAGUGGAGUCUUUGCUUCCUUCUCGGCCCCAGGUUACAUCGCAGAUGGAACAAUUGAAUUCUGCACCACCUAGCAUACCUCAAAGCUCUGCAUUGGCACCACUUCCUGGAAGAGGGUGCUUGGAUCAAGAUGUGAACUCUGAUCCUCAAAACCAUCUCUUGUUUGGUGUUAGUAUAGACUCACAGUCACUACUAAUGCAAGGUGGCAUCCCAGGCCUUCAGAAUGGGAAUGAUUCAACUGCUAUACCCUAUUCCACCUCCAAUUUCCUGAGCCCUUCCCAGAAUGAUUUCUCUUUGGAUCACACACUAAAUUCUUCGGGCUGCUUAGAUGAUGCGGGGUAUGUGCCAUGUUCAGAUAACUCUGAUCAAGUGAAUCGACUACCUGCUACCUUCGUGAAGGUUUACAAAUCUGGAACCUACGGAAGGUCGCUUGAUAUCACUAGGUUUAGUAGCUAUCAUGAGCUUCGUAGGGAACUAGGGCGCCUAUUUGGCCUUGAGGGCCAGUUGGAAGACCCUAUGAGAUCAGGCUGGCAGCUUGUAUUCGUCGACCGAGAGGAGGACGUCCUUCUCGUUGGCGAUGACCCUUGGCAGGAAUUCGUGAGUACGGUAUCCUGCAUAAAGAUACUCUCGCCGCAGGAGGUGCAGCAGAUGGGCAAGCAGGGGCUUGAGCUUCUGAGCUCGGCGGCCCCUGCGAGGAGGCUCGGUAGCAGCUGCGACGACUACGUUAGCAGGCAGGAGUCAAGAAGCCUAAGCACCGGGAUCGCGUCGGUCGGGUCAGUUGAGUUCUGA